AUGGAUUCAGAUUCCGUCCCGAGUGAACUCAUCACCGAGGAGGUAUUGUCGAGAUUGCCUCCAAAGUCAAUCGCCAAGUUCCACUGCGUGUCGGAGCUAUAUGCGUCACUAUUCGGCGGCGCACAUUUCACAGAGCUCUUCCUCACCAGGAGGCCCUCUGCUCAGCCGCGUAUCAUAUUCGCCAUCGAGAAACAUUUAGAGUGGAGCUUCUUCUCUACGCCUCAACGCCUCCGUCCAUACGAGAAUCCAUCCUCCUCAUCCUCGUCUCCUCCUGUAGCAUCCGCCGAGUUUCACAUGAGCUUCCCUCCAGACAACAUGCUGAUGUAUUCUCGCCGCUCCCGACGAUUCUCGUUCGGCUACGCUUCUGGGUUGAUGUAUUUCUACGGCAUGUUGGUCAAAGAAGACGACUACUACGGACUGCCUGUGGUGUGUAACCCUAACACGGGACGGUACGAGACGUUGCCUUUCCUCGUAAGGUACAGAACCACGUCUAGCUUCUUCGGGUUUGAUCCGGUCGGGAAGCAGUACAAGGUACUGUUCAUAGCUUAUCCAUCUGGUCCUGAUCGUCAUAAGAUCAUCACACUUGGGGAAACGAAGUGGAGGAAUAUCAAAUGUCCGUUGAUGCAUGAGAACGCGAGCGAUGGGGUUUGCAUUGACGGGGUCGUGUAUUACUUGGGUGACUUGGGUCGGGAGAUGACUGAGUUUGUGAUAGUUUGCUUUGAUGUUCGGUCUGAGACGUUUGAGUUUAUUUACCCGGAAGGAUGGUGUCAGUUGGUGAACUAUAUGGGGAAGUUAGGUUUGGUGUUUUACGAUGAUUACAAUGGUGAUGGUGUUGAGUUUCGUGUGUGGGUUCUUGAGGAUUUGGAGACACAGGAGUGGUCGGAGUAUGAGUUUAGUUUGAGGGAUGAGAGGUUCUUGGAGCGUUAUGUUUCGGUUGUUGGAGUGACUGUUACUGGUGAGAUUGUUCUGUCGAUGGCGAAGUAUACGGCUAAGGAGGCGUUUUUUGUGUUCUACUUGAAUCCGGAGAGGAAGAGUCUUCAGUGUGUUGAAAUCAAAGGCUUUGGAGAGUAUUACGAUGCUUUAGAAUGUCCUGUUAGCAGAGUCCAUGUCUUUGUGGAGGAUUGUAGUAGGUUCUAUGCUUUUGCAGACCAAGUUGAGGAUCUUAAUGCUAACGAGGGGAAGCUACUCAAGUCAAGCAUCUAUGUUCCAUUUGUGAAGACAGAAGAGUAUAAUUAUGACCGUGAAGAAGAAUCUGAUAAUGAAGAUUUUCAAAUUCAUAUUCUAGAAAUAGGAGGUGGAGAAGGAGAAGGAGGUGGAGAUGGAGAUGGAGAUGGAGGUGAAGAUGGAGGAGAAAGUGAAGAUGGAGGAGAUUGUGAAGAUGGUGGAGAAGAUGGAGGUGAAGGUGAAGAGGGAGGAGAAGGUGAAGAUGGAGGUGAAGAGGGAGGAGAAGGUGAAGAUGGAGGUGAAGAUGGAGGAGAAGGUGAAGCAAUGGAGAUGUUAACUUGUGCUCCUAUGUGA